CCUGCCCCGCGCCGCAUGGAGGGCGCAGGGCCCUGGGGCGCCGGGCCGGCGCGGCGCCGGGGAGCCGAGGGGCCGCCGCCGCCGCUGCUGCUGCCGCUGCUGCUGCUCUGGCUGCUGCCCGGCUCCGUGGCGCCCCAGGAGCUGAACCCGCGCGGCCGCAACGUGUGCCGUGCGCCCGGGUCCCACAUCUUUGGCCUGAGGGAGAACCAAGCUCUUUCUGUGCGGUUGGGCCCUGGGGCCUAUCUAGGGUGUAGCAAUGCUCCCCAGCUGAGGAAUGGUUGGGGGCAUCUUCUGAGGGGAAUGAGCUCCCAGGAGCCCACGUGCUGCGCCGGCUGGAGGCAGCAGGGGGACGAGUGUGGGAUCGCGGUGUGCGAAGGCAACUCCACGUGCUCGGAGAACGAGGUGUGCGUGCGGCCAGGCGAGUGCCGCUGCCGCCAUGGCUACUUCGGUGCCAACUGCGACACCAAGUGCCCGCGCCAGUUCUGGGGCCCCGACUGCAAGGAACUGUGUAUCUGCCACCCACACGGGCAGUGUGAGGAUGUGACCGGCCAGUGUACGUGUCACGCGCGGCGCUGGGGCGCACGCUGCGAGCAUGCGUGCCAAUGCCAGCACGGCGCGUGUCACCCGCGGAGCGGCGCGUGUCGCUGCGAGCCUGGCUGGUGGGGCGCGCAGUGCGCCAGCGCGUGCUACUGCAGCGCCACGUCGCGCUGCGACCCACAGACGGGCGCGUGCCUGUGCCACGCAGGCUGGUGGGGCCGCAGCUGCAAUAAUCAGUGCGCCUGCAACACGUCGCCGUGUGAGCAACAGAGCGGCCGCUGCCAGUGCCGCGAGCGCACGUUCGGCGCGCGCUGCGAGCGCUACUGCCAGUGCUUCCGCGGCCGCUGCCACCCUGUGGACGGCACGUGCGCCUGCGAGCCGGGCUACCGCGGCAAGUACUGCCGGGAGCCGUGCCCUGCCGGCUUCUACGGCCUGGGCUGCCGCCGCCGAUGCGGCCAGUGCAAGGGCCAGCAGCCAUGCACGGUGGCCGAGGGCCGCUGCCUGACGUGCGAGCCAGGCUGGAACGGUACCAAGUGCGACCAGCCGUGCGCCACCGGCUUCUACGGCGAGGGCUGCGGUCACCGCUGCCCGCCCUGCCGCGACGGGCAUGCCUGCAACCACGUCACCGGCAAGUGCACGCGCUGCAACGCGGGCUGGAUCGGCGACCGGUGUGAGACCAAGUGCAGCAAUGGCACGUACGGCGAGGACUGUGCAUUCGUGUGCGCCGACUGCGGCAGCGGCCACUGCGACUUCCAGUCGGGGCGUUGCCUGUGCAGCCCCGGCGUCCACGGGCCCCACUGUAACCUGACGUGCCCGCCCGGGCUCCAUGGUGUGGACUGCGCCCAGGCCUGCAGCUGCCACGAGGACUCGUGCGACCCGGUCACUGGUGCCUGCCGCCUGGAGACCAACCAGCGCAAGGGCGUGAUGGGCGCGGGCGCGCUGCUUGCCCUGCUCCUCGGCCUGCUGCUCUCGCUGCUCGGCUGCUGCUGCGCUUGCCGCGGCAAGGACCCUGCACGCCGGGAGCUCAAGUUUGGGAGGAAGAAGGCGCCGCAGCGACUUUGCGGGCGCUUCAGCCGUAUUAGCAUGAAGCUGCCCCGGAUCCCGCUCCGCAGGCAGAAGCUGCCCAAGGUGGUAGUGGCCCAUCAUGACCUGGAUAACACACUCAACUGCAGCUUCCUGGAGCCACCCUCGGGGCUAGAGCAGCCCUCUCCAUCGUGGUCCUCCCGGGCUUCCUUCUCCUCCUUCGACACCACUGAUGAAGGCCCUGUGUACUGCGUACCCCACGAGGAGGCGCCAACCGAGAGCCGGGACUUGGAGGCCCCCACCGCCCCUGCGGAGGCGCUGGCGCCCUCGCCCGCGCCGGCGUCAGCUGAGGAGGCGACGCCCCUCCCCGCGUCCUCGGACAGCGAGCGGUCGGCGUCGAGCGUGGAGGGGCCAGGCGGGGCGCUGUAUGCGCGCGUGGCCCGGCGCGAGGCCCGGCCGGCCCGGGCGCGGGGCGAGGCUGGAGGCCUGUCCCUUUCGCCAUCGCCUGAGCGCAGGAAGCCGCCGCCACCCGACCCUGCCACCAAGCCCAAGGUGUCCUGGAUCCACGGCAAGCACGGCGCCGCUGCCGCUGCCCGUGCGCCCUCGCCGCCACCCUCGGGCCUCGAGGCCACGCCUAGCCCCAGCAAGAGGAAACGGACGCCCAGCGACACGUCGGCUCGGCCGGAGGAGCCCGGGAGCCCCCGGGCCCGAGACGUGAUGCCGCGGCCCCCGGGGCUGGCGGAGGAGGGGCCAGCCGUCGCCGCACCCUCGCCGCCCCGGGCUCGGGCGCGAGGCCGCGGCCCUGGCCUCUCGGAGCCCACGGACGCUGGCGGUCCCCCGCGCAGCGCGCCCGAAGCCGCCUCCCUGCUGGCCGCGGAGCUGCGGGACAAAACUCGCAGCCUGGGCCGCGCCGAGGGGCUCCCAGGCGCGCAAGGCCCCCGAGAGAAGCCGGCGCCGCCGCAGAAGGCCAAGCGCUCGGUGCUGCCCGCGUCGCCGGCCCGCGCGCCCCGUGCGUCCGAGGCCCCGGGGCCCGAGAAGGCGGCGGCCUGCGCGCCCGUGCCGGACACUCCUCGGAAGAAGACCCCCAUCCAGAAGCCGCCGCGCAAGAAGAGCCGGGAAGCGGCGGGCGAGCUGGGCAGGGCGAGCGCGCCCACCCUGUAGCAGGCGGUGGCCCCGCGGUGCCCGCAGCUUCCCCCGGCUUCGCAGCGCUGCUUGCCACCCCGCGUCCCGCGCCCCCCGGCGUCUCCCGCGGCGGCCUGGGCACAGCGGCCUCCAGGGGCUCGAGGCCCGGAGCGGCCUGGCGGAGGCGGCAUCCCCCUGGCUCAGGCUCCAGCGGCGGCUCCUUGAUUAGAGCACGGCGCUCCGGCGGGAAGGUCCCGUCACUUUGGUCGAGGCCUCACAGGCGCUUAGCUGGCGACUCCCUUCCCAAUGGCCGAGUUACGGAGGGCUCCCACCAGCCCGGGUCUCGAAGGCCGAGGACGGGAGGGUUCUGCCUAGUGACCACCUCUCACUGGCCAGGCGCGCCCUUGGCUGGGGCUGCUUUCUCAUUGGCUGAGGCCAAAGCGCUUCUGCCCUGCCUGCCUCUCAUUGGCCAGGGCCUGGCGCCUCUGGCUGGAGGCUCCUUUCCUUGGUAGCCCAAGGCUACUUCUGCUGGCCUGGCCCCCGGGCAUCUGGUUGACCUGAGCCUGGGGAGGAGGGCUGGUCUCUGCUCCUCAGGGGUCAGCUCUCCCCGGCUCCCUCCGCCCGUCCCAACCCUUCCCCUCCCUGUACCCCCAGCCCCAGCCUCCCCAGCCCUGGCCCCUCAGCUGUCAAGCUGGUUUUGAUGGCCUCCCACCACUUCACAGCCGUGGGAAUCAGAGGGGCGACUCCAGUGGCCUGAGGAGACAUAUUUAUAGGCCCCCGGCAGGGCUGCUCCCACCCCAUCCGGGUGCCCCAGGAUGGGCUCCUCCUGGUAGGGGCUUGGCCAAAGCUUUCUUAAUAAAAUGCCUUCUUUCUUCCUGU